AUGGAUGGUGAAAGAUGCCUAAAUUGGUUCAUUAAUAUAAUGCCUAAGCUACAACCAGGAAGUGUGGUUGUCAUGGAUAACAAUCCCUAUCAUUCGGUAAGAGUCGAAAAAAUACCAACAACUAGCUGGAACAAGCAGCAAAUAAUAGAUUGGCUGCAAAGCAAACGCAAAUCCAUGGACAUGACUUAUUUAAAAAAAGAAUUAUUAAUGAAAGUUGCCGAAAUCGCCCCACAAUAUAAUAAAUAUUUAAUAGAUGAGACUGCCAAAUGUAAUGGCAUUACAAUUCUUCGCCUACCGCCUUACCAUUGCAAACUUAAUCCAAUUGAAUUGGUUUGGGCCCAAAUAAAAAAUUAUGUUGGUGCCAAUAACUCCACGUUCAAAAUGAGUGACAUAAAAAAAUUAUUACAUGACGCAAUAGCAUUAAUAGGCGCUAAUCGUUGGAAGAAGUGCUGCGACCACGUGAUACGCAAAGAAAAUACCAUGUGGAAUUUGGAUGACAUCAUGGAACUUGCAGAACAAAAUUCUUUCAUAAUCAAUGUAACUGGAGAAUCUAGCGAUACUGAUUAG